CCCAUACAAUAAUACAAGCCACGUCGGCAUCAGCUCUACUUUUUUACCGACAAACAGAUAGCAUCAUUACGUGCAUUAUCGGGCAUUGUAAUCCGUACAUUGAAUUGAACAGGUUGCCAGCUUCUACAGAAUACCACGAUAGACCAUUUACAAUUUAAAAAAGAGCUUGGAAAUGCUCAACGCUACAAUAAUAAGCAUGUCGUAUUGCUGAAACCACGUACCUUCUAGUCCUCACGAUGACCGAUCUCACUCCCAUUUUCAAUGGCUUCCUUAAGCAACAUGAAGCUUCUACUACAAAACGAAGCUUCAGCUUGGACAGCUUGGAUGAUUUUCUGAAGGAGGCCUAUAGAAUAAAUUCGCACAUAGCCUCGCUCCAUGCCGACCUUAGGAAUAUACGACAGUCGUAUCUCUCAACUGCCCAGCCGCGGAAGACCCUGAUUCGGUCGGCGCACUCAGACAAACAAUCGCGGCCGCUUUCGGAUCGAGAGCGCGAGGAGAUAGAUGCAAAUGCGAAGAAAAUGUUACGUGAGCUCAAUGCGAGCAUCCGCCGCCUCGAAGACGUCGAAAAAGCACGAUCGGAAAUCGAGUUUAGGAUAAUUGAGAAGAAAUUCGCUCGCGGUUUAGGUGCGCUAGGAGCAUGGGCGGCAGGUGGCGCAUCGAUUAGCAAAUCACCCGACCAUGUUGAAGCCGAAGAGCGAGUGAAGACUAUUCGCAAUCACCGGGAUAGCGUACUAUGGCUUCUACGACACCGACUCCAAGAAUGCGUUAAGACACAACAAGAUAUGAUGGAGAUACGGCUAAUGAGAGAAAUGGAGAAGAGCAGGAGCGUGCUAGCUAAGUCACGAAAACAAGAUAUUUCUCUAGGCGCGUUAGCGAGUGUACAAGAGGCGGGAAGUCCUGCGGAGUCAAAGAGGAGGGCAAGUCAAGCAUUGCCUCCCGACGAGACACCGGCCUAUGCCCCGACGGGAGAUUUAACCACGGAACAAAUUCAAAUGUUCGAGAAGGAUAACAAAGAUAUGCUCAAACAUUACGAGAGCACAUUAGAUCAAGUCAGGACCGCAGAAAAGUCACUGCUUGAAAUAUCGGAGCUCCAGACGCAACUCAUAGACACGUUAACGACGCAAUCGGCGGGUAUCGAACAGUUGGUAGCCGAUUCGGAAAAGACGACCGAGAAUAUAGGGGGAGCCAAUAGACAGCUCGGGCAAGCAACGAAGAAAGCAAGCCCGGCCAGGUACACAUUUUUUGCAACUUGCGGCUUAUGCGCAUUUUUGAUAGUGUGGGAUUUAGUUAUAUAGACUAGAUACCUACCUACCUAUCUCAUAUGCGGAUGUUGUGAUAAAGUAUGUACGACGAGGAAAGCAUGUGAAGAGGCUGAAGGUCAUAGAAGAAAUCACAUGCCGAGCUAUUCUAUAGUCUGGUUAACAACGCAACGCCCAGUCGAGCUACUCUCUGGGAUUAACUCGAAGAACUCUUGGCGCGAUAUAAUCAAUGUAUAAUCAGUAGUUAUAACUAAUUAAAGCUAUUAUAAGU